CAUUUUAAAGCCGAGCUUAGACUCCCAAAAGCCCUCGCUCUUAUAAACCCUUUGGCUAUCGCCGUCUCCCAAAUCACGCUUCUCCGAUUCGCUCUACUUUCGCCAAACAAACGCAAGAUUUGUAGUUUCAUUUCUAUUGUAUCUCCGUCUCCGAAUCAAUGGCUUUGCCGAACCAGCAAACAGUUGAUUAUCCGAGCUUCAAGCUCGUUAUCGUCGGCGAUGGUGGAACUGGCAAAACUACCUUCGUGAAGAGGCAUCUAACUGGAGAGUUUGAAAAGAAAUACGAGCCAACCAUUGGUGUGGAGGUUCAUCCCUUGGACUUCUUCACUAACUGUGGCAAAAUCCGUUUCUACUGCUGGGAUACUGCUGGACAGGAGAAGUUCGGUGGUCUCAGAGAUGGUUACUAUAUCCAUGGGCAAUGUGCCAUAAUUAUGUUUGAUGUAACUGCCCGGUUGACAUACAAGAAUGUUCCUACAUGGCAUCGGGAUCUUUGCAGAGUGUGUGAGAAUAUUCCUAUUGUUUUAUGUGGAAACAAGGUUGAUGUAAAGAACAGGCAGGUUAAGGCAAAGCAAGUCACAUUCCACAGGAAGAAGAAUCUGCAAUACUAUGAAAUUUCGGCCAAGAGUAACUACAAUUUUGAGAAACCUUUCUUGUACCUUGCCAGGAAGCUUGCAGGUGAUCCUAAUCUCCACUUCGUGGAGUCUCCUGCACUUGCUCCUCCGGAAGUACACAUUGACUUGGCUGCACAGCAACAGCAUGAGGCUGAGCUUGCAGCGGCAGCCAGUCAGCCCCUUCCAGAUGAUGACGAUGAUGCAUUUGAAUAGAGGGGUUUCCCUUGCCAGAGAGCUAUCAACAAUUUCUGCUGCUGCUUCAUUUUCACUCCCAUUUGGAUCUGUGCUAUCAUCUUUAAAAAAAUUUUCGUAUUUAAAUAGCAAGUAGGGAGGAGUGACAGAGGAUGAAUUUGUAGUGUAGGAAUUUUCGAAUAUAAUUGUUGUUAUGGUGGAUCUUUGGUGGUGUUUUCGACUUUUGCUUAUUGAUGUCUAUGGAUUUUGCUGCCUUUAGUAAAAUCCUUGUGUGAUAGUUAAUUCUAUAUGUUUUUGAAUAUGAAAUUCUUGACAAGAAUAUUGGAUUUCCCCUUUGCUCUCA